GUUGCGUGCGGUUUCGUUGGUCUCCGAACUCCGAGCUGCGUGCUUUGAACAACGAAAAAAAACACAUCCUUCGUGUCCUCGGGAAAUAUUCAAAGUGCGUUCCGUUGUUGCUGUUGUCGUUGUCAGUUGUUGGCUUUUUAAUAACUCAGCAGCGAGUGGCAACUAGUCGCAACAACUAUGCCCCGACUAUCGCCAGGACAAGUGGCAGACCUGUCAUUUACUAUUCGCCUUUGGCGGCAGUCGGUUGUCCUCGCGCAUCUCAUCUAAAUUUUUAAAAUGGUGAUCAGUUCAAAACUACACUUGAAUUCCCCUUAAACGGUUGAAAAUGUAGGCUACUAAAAUCGAAUAAAAACAGAGAUGUAUAAAUAAUAAUAAUCGUAAAAAUAAACAAAUAAAUACAUAAGUUCAAAGGAUUUAGAUGUUAACGAUAAAGAAAACUUAAUUAGAAAAUUAAUAGAUUGAAUUUAUACAAAACUAUAUAAAACAAAAAAUAAACUCCGAUAAAUAAAACAAUAAAAAACUACUUCGAAUAAACAAUAUAUUUAACUCAUAUUACUUUGAGAACUAACAAUUAAUUUCCCAAAAAACUUGGUUAAGCGGGCUGCAAAUCCGCAUCGUGUAAUGAAAAUCAAAGUACAUAAAUAUAAAAUUAAAUGUCGUAAAUAAAAAAAAUAAUAGCAACGAGACAUAUAAAAUAUGUAUAUGUGAAUGUGUGGAACGACGCGACUCGCGGGACAACAAAGCGAAACUUAAGAAACGUGCCACAUUAAAAAUUUAAGAAUCUUCGAAAGCCGACAAAAGUGUAAGGAGAAUAUAAAGCCGAACAGCGCUUGGCCCAGCCAUCAAUGUCAGCCAAGUGAAGCCUGAGGAAGUGACUCCCUCAGCCGCAAGAUGUACGGACUGCUCUUGGAGAACCUCUCCGAGUACAUCAAGUCGCGGUAUGGCGAGGAGAAGUGGGAGGACAUCCGGCGACAGGCGGGCAUCGAUUCGCCCUCCUUCAGCGUCCAUCAGGUCUACCCCGAGAAUUUGCUCCAGAAGUUGGCCAAAAAGGCCCAACAGGUUCUGGGCGUCUCGGAACGGGAAUUCAUGGACCAAAUGGGCGUCUACUUCGUAGGCUUUGUGGGUCAGUAUGGCUACGAUCGAGUUCUUUCCGUUUUGGGUCGCCACAUGCGUGACUUCCUCAACGGACUGGACAACCUGCACGAGUACCUGAAGUUCUCGUAUCCGCGGAUGAGGGCUCCCAGUUUCAUCUGCGAGAACGAGACCAAACAGGGUUUAACCCUUCACUAUCGAUCGAAGCGUCGAGGGUUUGUAUACUAUACAAUGGGGCAGAUCCGGGAGGUGGCGCGGUAUUUCUACCACAAGGAGAUGCACAUCGAACUGGUGCGGGAGGAGAUCCUUUUCGACACGGUCCACGUCACCUUUCAAUUGACCUUCGACAACAGAGCUUUCACGUUGGCAUCCUUGGCAAUGACGAGGGAGGAGAAGCAUCUGCCCAUCAGUGCUCAUGUGCUCUUCGAGAUCUUUCCCUUCUGCAUGGUAUUUGGUGCUGAUAUGGUAGUGCGCAGUAUAGGAAAUUCUCUGAUGGUGAUCUUGCCGGAAUUGUUGGGUAAAAAGAUCACAGCCUGGUUUGACUUGGUUCGUCCACUGAUUGCAUUCAAGUUCCAGACUAUACUCAAUCGUACCAACAACAUAUUUGAGUUAGUGACUGUGGAUCCAGUGACAGAGAGAUUCGAUGUCCAAAACGAGGAUUUACUUCAGCAUGAGGAUGGCAGCGAACCGGAAAAGUCAUUAAGACUUAAAGGUCAAAUGGUUUACAUGGAAAACUGGCGCAUGAUCAUGUUCCUGGGAACUCCCGUAAUGCCGGAUCUGACUUCACUGAUAACCACGGGGCUAUAUAUCAACGAUCUGUCCAUGCACGACUUCAGCAGAGAUCUUAUGUUAGCUGGUACUCAACAAUCUGUGGAACUCAAGUUGGCAUUGGAUCAAGAGCAGCAAAAGUCCAAGAAGCUGGAGGAGUCUAUGAGAUUGUUGGAUGAGGAAAUGCGAAGAACAGAUGAGCUACUCUAUCAGAUGAUACCCAAACAGGUUGCUGAUAGGCUAAGACGCGGCGAGAAUCCCAUUGACACCUGUGAGAUGUUUGAUAGUGUCUCCAUCCUUUUCUCGGACAUUGUGACCUUUACGGAGAUUUGCAGCAGGAUCACACCAAUGGAGGUGGUCUCAAUGCUGAACGCAAUGUACUCCAUCUUCGACAAAUUGACAGAACGGAAUUCGGUUUAUAAGGUGGAAACAAUUGGCGAUGCCUACAUGGUGGUGGCAGGUGCUCCAGACAAGGAUGCCAAUCACGCCGAGAGAGUCUGUGAUAUGGCCCUGGAUAUGGUGGAUGCCAUAACCGAUCUCAAGGAUCCCUCCACGGGACAGCAUUUGAGGAUACGUGUUGGCGUUCACUCGGGUGCCGUGGUGGCUGGAAUUGUGGGUCUGAAGAUGCCUCGCUAUUGCCUUUUUGGUGAUACUGUGAACACCGCCUCGCGGAUGGAGUCCACUAGCAUCGCCAUGAAGGUACACAUCUCGGAGUCCACAAAGGUGCUAAUAGGUCCGAGUUACAAGAUCCAGGAACGUGGCGAGAUCGAUGUGAAAGGCAAAGGCACCAUGGGCACUUAUUGGUUGGAGGAGCGCGAGAACCGGAUGCCCCUUCAGCUGAUCUCGACCCUUCAGAUUCAUGCGAUCUCUCCGGUUCCGAGUAACCAGAAUUCCAAGAACAAGGCCAUUAUGCCGCCGGCUUCCCAACCGCUGACCCCCUUGAUUCCCGUGACUGUUUCGAUUCCGGCUUCACCCGUUCUUCCUUCGGUGGAUGUGGUGGCUCCUUCGUCCAGCAUUUCGGGUAUGGCGAUUACUGCAGCUGCUGCGGCACACAUGUCACUCCACCAUCAGUCGGUGGUGGCAGCAGGAUUGAGUAGUGGAGCUACAGGAGCUGAUGGAGGAGCUGGAGGAGAUUCAGCAACCGCAGGAGGAGCUGCAGCAGCAGGAGCAUCAAGCUCUGCAGCGGUGCCUCCUCCAGAUGAUCGGAACAGUAGGAUAUACUCACCCGUAACCUUCAAGGAUGUGGCUCGUCGAAGUGUUGCCAAUUCUCCUGUAAGAGGAAGUGCCGGCUUUGGCCAUUCAGAUCAGGAGAAGCGCCGCGAAUCUCGCUCCAAUUCCACGGGCCAUGUCUUUAUGCGCACUCCAUCGGAUAUCUUCGGCUCCCUAAUCCUGGACACCGAGGAGUUCCUCGAGGAUCUUCAGAUCUCUCGCAACUCCCUGUCCAACAACAAUAACAAUAAUCCACCGCCGUGUGGCUUUAGUCCAACUCCACCAUUCCGGAUUGGCAGUGCACCACCCAAACCGAGGCCCAGUAAUCCGGAUAAGUUCACGCCGGAGGAGUUGGCCGCCAUGGAUCAACUGACGCCUCCAUCGACAGCUCCGGCCAGGGAAACCGCAUCCUGCAGCAGUGCAUCAUUGGACCGCGACAAGGCAGCCAAGUUGAAGAAAAUCACCUUCUCUAACAGUAGCAGUCUGGAUGCAGCCACUCCUCCAACAGCCGUGGCUGCCGUGGUGUGUCCCAUGCGAUCCAAGUCGCCUCCGAUGUCCCAGCAACCCGUGGUCCAAAAGGUGCAGGCGAGCACCAGCAAGAGCGAACCCAAUAGACCAGGAUCAAAGGACUCCGUCUCGUCCAUUUCCCUGCAUUCACCGCCUCCACACCGAUCGAAUUCGGCGCCAGCCAGACCCCAUUCCAUGUCAAAGGCGGCUCGGAAGGCCUUCCUGGCCGCCAAGCAGACCAAAGCCAUGGAGAAGCUGGACAAGAUGAUCGAGGAGGUCCACGAAGUGGAGUCUCAGUCCGCUGCAAAGGCGGCCAACAUGCGGCUGGCCCUCUUUGGUCACGAUGGAGGUGGUGGCGGUGACUUGGCCGCCGGUGGCUGUCCACUUUUUCUGCCACCGCCACCACCACCGCAGCAGCAACAGAGAUUAAUGCCCAGCUCCAUUUCAGAUUCAGGCCUCUGCAGUCAUGGUCACAGCCAUGCACCAAGUUGCCAUGCUAUGGAUCCGAAGAUGAGCAACAGUCAGAGUUUCCAGCACUCGCCUCGCGGCGGAAUCACCCACCAGUGCUGCAGUGGCUUUGGACACGGAAACGGACGACACUCGCACCGGAUGCACUCGAAUGCCUGCAGGAUUCUGUAGAGAACCAUCC